AUGCCUAACACUGAGACCAUCCGCGUUCCUCACCUCGGAGGCAUUGAUGUUGCGUAUCAGAUGCCGCGGUCGUACGACAGUACUAAACCGACAGUAGUGCUUGUUAAUUCAUUCACCACCUGUUCCGAGCUGUUCCGGCCGCAGUAUAAUGACAAGAGGUUAACAGAUAGCAUGAACCUGUUGUCAAUCGAGCCCCUUGGGCAUGGCCAGACGCGGACAUCACGCGAAAGCUGGACUUACUGGGACAGUGCUGAGAUGAACCUCCAAGUCCUAGACGCGCUUGAGAUUGAUAAGGCAUUUAUACUAGGGACGAGUCAGGGCGGGUGGAUUGCUGCGAUGAUGGCCCUGCUGCGGCCAGAUAAGAUCCUGGGCAUAAUCCUGCUUGGAACCUCACUGGAUUCCGAGUCUGAUAGAUCUCGCCAGCUAGGAUGCUGGGAUGGUCCGGGUGUCCUUGGCCCCUUUUUGAAGCAGUGGGAAUCUGAGCAGCAAACUGCAGACUUCCGACUCCCCGAUGCCUUCUGCGAUAUGCUUAUCAAAGCCAGUUUCGAUAACCACAUGGCUGCAGAGCAUGAUUUCUGGAGUGCCGUGAUUAAGAUGAAUUACCAGGGCAACGAGGGCCGUCGCCGGAUUCGCAUGGUUACAGCUAAUCUAACACAACGGGACAGCCUGCAUUCAAGACUAUCAGAUGUCCGGUGCCCAGUACUGUGGUUACAGGGAAGCGCAGACGGAAUUUAUACUAUUGCGAAUGCAGCCGAGGAGAUUGCACUAUUCACUCGGUCGCCAGAUGCUCGCCUGGUGGCCGUGGACGGCGGUACUCACUUCCUCAACAGUACUCAUCCUAGAACUGUAGACAACGAUCUGUUGGACUUUGUAAAUAAGUUUAAGUAA